AUUGGACUUCUGGGUCUGAGGCAGGGGGAUGACUACAUUGAGUGGGCUGGAUUUUUGGGUCUGAGGCAAGGGGAUGGUUACAUUGGAAGAAGUGGUUUUACUAGAAGUCGGAGAUUAAGGUUUUCUUCAUUUAGAAUAAGAAAUGGUGGUGGUGGGGGGGGGAAGCGAGCCACACAUUCAACAUGGCCGCAAGCUAACCCCACCAUCUGCCACACACAACAUGGCACCCGAAUGCUAUAUUUCCUCACCCCACCCCUGCCUCGGCUGAAACGUUUCAUGAAAAGGCGGGAAGAAGAGGGAAGAGACCCGGGGCCUUAGGCGGGCGAAAGGGCUCUAGGAAAGGAGAAGACAUUAGUCCUUUCGGCAAGAACCAAUCAGUGGCGUGCUGGGCGGGUACGUACGAAGCGAACGGGAUGGGAAAGGGAGAUCCUUAAUUAUCGCCCUGCCCACUUCUGUCUCUGAGACCCAAUCAGAGGCGUGCAGGGCGUGCGGCAGGGGAAGGCGGGAGACAGCUUCUGCUCCGCCCAAUUGCCUCUCCCAGGACAAAUCAGGGCCGAGUACUAGGAGAAGGCGGGAGAUAGCUGCUGCUCCGCCCCAUUUCCUCUCCGAGGACCAAUCAGCAGCGUGAGGGAGGGCACGAAUGCAGGGGAGGAAAAGACCAAGACUCGGUUACCGCAGCAACCGUCGGAACAGGCCUCUGAAGCGGUCUAACCUGCCCUCGGUCCCGAAGUCUUCAGGUUUCUUGGGUGAAUUAUGGGCAGGGGAAACGGAGGUCAGGCGCCAAGAGACGAGGAGGACCCGUCCUGAUGAGAAAACUGAGGCGCAGAGAGGAGAACAGAGACCCAGAGACAUGCCCGAGGUCCCAGGGCAGUUUGGCUGGUGCUGAGCUCCGAGGGCUUCCUUCUUGGGCUUUUCUGGCCUCUCUCUAGGAGGCCAUGGCGGAGGUCCACGUCAUUGGGCAGAUCAUUGGGGCGAAGGGUUUCUCUGAAAGCAGCCUCUUCUGUAAGUGGGGUAUCCAUACAGGGGGAGCGUGGAAACUGCUGUCCGGUAUUCGGGAGGGCCAGACGCAAGUGGACACCCCUCAGCUGGGUGACAUGGCCUACUGGGCCCACCCCAUCGACCUGCAUUUUGCCACCAAAGGCCUCCAGGGUUGGCCUCGCCUCCACCUGCAAGUGUGGUCUCAGGACAGCUUUGGGCGCUGCCAGCUGGCCGGCUAUGGCUUUUGCCACGUCCCCAGCAGCCCGGGGACCCACAGCAUCGAGUGUGUGACAUGGCGCCCCUUGGGGGGCUGGCGAGAGCAGCUGGCAAGGGCCUUCGUGGGUGGCGGGCCGCAGCUGCUCCACAGCGAUGUGGUCUACAGCGGGGCCGACCGGUACCGGCUCCACACGGUAUCCGCCGGCACCGUGUACAUGGAGCUGAACCUGAUCCUGAGAAACUUUGGCCGCUACGGGGUGGAGUGCUGAGCUCCGCCGGCUGCCCCUCGACCCUCUCUGUUCCUCCCUCCAAGGAAAUACAUAAAUGGGUGUAUUUGGUG